AUGUGUUCCCGGGUUUGGUUCGUGACCGACCGCCGCAUCAUCCAGGAAUACCCUCAGGUCCAGAUCCUCCGGGCUCUGAAGGAGCGCUGCGCUGACGGAGACGUAGAGUUCCGCUUUGUCCUCAUGGAUCAAAUCGUGCUGACGAUCAGCGAGGGACAAUUAGGUCUGCGAGUAGAGCAGGAAUUGGUGACCUCUUAUCCUCAGGUGGUGGUGGUACGGGCGCCCACGCCCUGGGUACAGUCAGAUAGUGACAUCACCGUGCUGCGCCACCUGGAGAAGAUGGGCUGCCGGCUCAUCAACCGUCCCCAGGCCAUACUCGCCUGUGUCAACAAGUUCUGGACCUUUCAGGAGCUGGCCGGCCAUGGUGUACCUCUCCCGGACACCUUCUCAUACGGAGGGCAUGACAACUUCCGUAAGAUGAUUGACGAGGCAGAGCCACUGGGCUACCCUGUGGUGGUGAAGAAUGCACGUGGCCACAGAGGCAAGGCUGUUUUCCUGGCACGAGACAAACACCACCUGAUAGACCUGUGCCACUUAAUCCGCCAUGAUACACCCUACUUGUUUCAAGAGUACGUCAAAGAGUCGCACGGCCGUGAUGUCCGGGUGGUUCUGGUGGGCGGACGUGUCAUCGGCUCGAUGCUCCGCUGCUCCACUGAUGGUCGCAUGCAGAGCAACUGCUCCCUGGGUGGCGUUGGUAUGAUGUGCCCACUGAGCGAGCAGGGGAAGCAGCUGGCCAUAGAGGUGUCUAACAUCCUCGGCAUGGAUGUGUGCGGCAUUGACCUGCUGCAGCUCAAGGACGGCUCAUUUGUGGUCUGUGAGGCCAACGCCAACGUGGGCUUCAUCGCCUUCGACCAGGCCUGUGGCAUGGAUGUAGCAGGCAUCGUUGCUGACUACGCCCUGUCGAUGCUCCCCAGCCACCUCACACGUAAGAUGUCCCUUCUGUCCGUCGUGUCGAGCACCAGCGAGACCAGCAGCGAGCCAGAGGUGUGCCCCGUGCCCACUGGCGGGGGCUCGCUGCCUGAGGCCGCCUGCAACAUGAGUGUGGGUUCUACUUCCAGCGAAAGUGACCCAGAGCUGGCCGAGCCCUCCCAGUCCUCACCCUGCCAGUCCACAGCCCCCACCCUCCCCGAUCUCCCUGAUCCAGCCUACAACUUCAACACUCUUCUCGCCAAUGAAAUGACAUUAUUGACUGAGUAAGAUUCGAGCAGCUUCAUGCACACACAAACACCACAAAUACAUAUUGAAAACACGCCGACACACACCUGUACGCAUGCCAACAGACAUUCCUUUUUAAAAUGCAUAUCAAUCCAAAAACAAUUCAAACAUUGAAUGUUGAAUGCAAAACAUGAGCGGAGAAAAAGAAACACAUACACACACACAACCACAAAAAAACAAACAUGAGCCUUCUCAUACUAACUCCCGUCAAAAGUGACAAAGAUCUGAGGCUGCUCCCCUGACUCACUUUGCACCUCUACUCCCAAAUUGCAAACCCCAUUAUCCAAACUUAGCUCACACAUAAGCAAGGUGGCGGCAUGGUGGUGAGAUAUAUUACACAAGAUAACUGCCAAAUGGGCCUAUUCUAGUUUCUAUUUUGCAAAAUAGUGAGGGUAAUGGUAACUAUGCUUUUUGGAUGGGUGUGGGAUUCCCAUAAAGGCACCUGCCAUAUCUUUAUCCUUACUUUACCAUAUUAUUUAAAGGGGAAUCUACAGUAUGUUGUGAUUUAUUUUUUAAAGGUGGCGGGGUUUCCUGUGGAGACUGUAGUAAGGUUUGGUGGAUUUUAGGCAAAAUGAAGGUUUUUUUUUUUGUUCAGGUGAUUAGCUCGUUGGGAGAGGAAUACAUCCUCAUGCUAGCCACAUUAUACUGACAGUUCCAAUGUAGCAAUGUAGUACUCUUUUGAAGGAUACAUAACAGGAUCGGAUCCUCAGCAACUGGAGAUGGAGGAACUUCAUGUCACAUUUACUGCUAUUCAUAAUAACUGAAAUGAGACUUGAAUUCACGACACGUCACAACUACAACAGAAUGUAUACACAAUGUUUUAUCACUCCGAUAACUAAAUUAUCCAUCUUGAAUGGCUAAUAUUUAAAUGUAGCCAGAGCUUCUACGGUCACAGUUAAUAAGAGGCUGACUGUGUGCUGUCAGAAUGAUUUCCCGUUCAUGCGCUGAUAAGAAUACCAUCAACCCAGAGCACCACAGAGUCCUCCUGGGUGCUAACACGGUGUCCGUUCACUGUGACUGAAGCAGGCUAUUAUAAAUGUCAACAAAGCUGCACUAACCGGUGCCACGUAGGAGAAAUAACAAAUAGCUGUUCUGUUUUUGAGUCCCAUCCCGAAAGAAAAUAUGAAUUGAGUGCCAUGACUCAAAUUCUAGUUUUUAAUUCUUAGAUAGCUCGUUUGGUUAGCCUUACCAGCAGCAGUCUGCGGCUUUUUAACAUUAUUUCAAUAGCACUUUAUGAUAAGCAGAUGCAUUUUUUUUUUUUUUUGUCGCUCAGAUGGCAUAUUUAGGAAACACAAGACAGUGUGAGAGCUGCGUCUACACAUGCGAACAAAAAAUACCUCAAAACAGUGACGUUUCACUGCCAUAACGACAUAGAUAUUCCAACAUACAGUACAUAUCAGCCAGGAUGCUUGUGGUUUUCAAAUGGCCCCUGAUAUACCAGGUGUUCCUUCUCUUUAUGUCCAAGAGCUAAAAGGGUAGUAGUGUUAUUAAUAUUUUUAGUUUUAGUUUUAGUUUCUUUGUAAAUAUUUAGGUAGUGAAUUAGCUUCAGUGCAUACAAGUAUCCAGCGGAUGAAACUGGAAUGGCUGACAUAACUGCCAACAUUGACAUUUCCUAAAACUAAUGUGGACAAAUUUAUUUGUGCAGACCUGCAACAUCAAAAGGUUGAAACUGAAAAUUGGUGCUAACAUUUCUGGAUCUGGUCAGAUGUAUUUUCAUAGUCAUAUGAUUUUUAGAUUUUACUUUUGUUGUUUUCAUCUUAUUUUUUGAUAACAAUGAAGUACCUAACCCACAAAAUAUGUUGGCAUGAUGUACAAAUAAAAAAAAUGGGAACUAUAUUUUUGCAGUCUCUUUGAUUAGAAUGUUAUGUUUUCUUUUCUUAUUAAAGAAAUAAAAGAAAUACAGGGAUUUCAGUGGCCAAGAGCUUAUUGCUAUGGUUUUUCUUCCAGUUGCUUUACCCCCUGUACACCUGAGGUGAUAACUAUCAACAUAGAAGUAGGGCAUUCUGGUGUGAAUGUCAUCCAGUCAGAAGAAUAAUUUACAGCUCUGAUCAAAAGCACAAAGUCUUCAGUUCUACGUUGUGACGUCUAUGUUGUUAGACAUCCGAACCCUUUCUUUUGAACAAUACUCAGGGAAGCAGCCUGGAUCUCACCCCUGACCCCCAGAAGCACGACAAAUCCAUUCGAACUAGAGACAAAAAAACAAAAACAUGACACAUACCCACAGGCAGACAAAAAGAUACACAAACAACGAAAAAAAGGUUGUAAACUACAGUAUAAGACGAUGUGGUGUAUACCAUGGUUAACAUUCACUUUUUUUUGUUCCUUGUUUUCUUCCUAAUUUAUAGUAUUUUUAAAAGUGGGUUUUUAAAAGUGGGUUUUGUGCACUAAUAUUGUCUCAAUAAAGUGAAACCGCUGUGAAGCUUGAA